CCAAUUGUCAUUUUUUUGGAUGAGAGGUAAAGAUUUUCCACGCGAUGUUGAAGAGCAUGGGCAGCACUCGCUUUAAACCCCUUUUUUAGCCAGUUCUCCUUACUGCUUGCCACUGUAAAACCCUAAAACACCCAAAAGCAAAAAUUCUACGACUUUUACCAAGAAAAAAGUGUGAAAUAGCUUUCAGUUUUCAGCUUAGCUUCUUCAAAGCUAUGGGAACCCGAGGAGUUAUCGGAGAUAAAUGGUCUAUGAGGAUUCUCUGGGGGUGUGCAAUUGGAAGUGCAGUCGCCCUGUAUAUGGUUGCUGUAGAAAGACAAAAACAGAACAGAGAUCAAAUGAUGGCAGAAAGUUUAAAGGCCGUGGAAUCGGAAGGUAGUGGUGAGCGAGUUUGAACAUUGACAUGUUUAAAUGUUCAUAGGUUACUUAUAACAAACUUGUUAAUGAGCUUCCCCAACACUUCCUUUUGUUCUUACCUUUUGUCUGGAAGUCUGAUGUGUGGGUUGCAAAGAUUUUUUUUCACCUAUGGUAAAUGGUAAUAAUUUGUUUGUUGUUGAGUUUCAA